UUGCUCAAAAAUUGGGCUAAAUUAAGUGUCCUUUUAUUUUUAGGUGGUCCUCUUAGUAUCAGUGGAGAGGUAGCUCGUGCCAUCAAUCUCAGUGGACUGAGGGAAGUGUGUAUUAGGAGAGUGGAUAAAGAUGAAAAGACACUUGAUUUGGUUGUAUUCAUAUUUAAAAUUGAUAAAGGAGUGUACAUAUCAAGGAAGCUAUUGUUUGCUGGUAUGCUGUUGAGAGUCAGUGGAUUGUGGACUAAAGGGGAAACUGUCAAGAGUGGAGUGCAUGGUGACUGGGGAUUGUAUUUAGAUCAGCCUCAUUGCAAUUCUUCCUAUUCAUGCAAGUCAGUUCAAAGAUAUGGGAGUUUGAUCCCAAUGGUGAUACUUACUUUGAUGAAGCAUUUGAUGGUUCGUGAAGGAUCUCUUCUCCGUUUGGAAGGUGUGAUUCCAUUAAUAAACUCCCUAAAAGGUGUGAGACCAUUGAUUGAGAGAUACAGGACUCACAACAGUUCAAGAAUUUCUACCAGUUUACGUUUAAUGUUGCCAAAAACUCGGGCAGAAAGGACUAGGCUAGUGACAUAAUAUUAUACAUGUACAUGUACAUGUAGCAUCAUGUUUGCUAAACUUGCAACACAAUGAUUUCAAUGUACACGUGUUGAUAGGGGAAUUUUGCAAGUGAUGCUACUAAAAUUUGAGAAUACAUGUACAUGUAUAAUUGAGCAAUUAUGAUGAAGAUGGUAGGUCUAUACUGUAUAAAUUGUAAUGUCCUCCUCUUUAAAAAAUUUGUAUUUUGUACAGCACUUUAAUGUAUGGCAGCUUUAUUUCUUUGUAAA